AUGUUCAAAUACUUCGUAUUCGGUCUUUUGGUGGCUUCGGCCAUUGCAUCGCCAGCCCCAAGCACAGGCUUGGACUGCGACCAUGUAGAAGAUGCGCUGACUUGCCUGGCCGUCAAGGCCUCAGCAACCCUCGAGAGGGCCGCCAGGUCAGCUGACAUCAACCUCAUCGAUGGAGUCACCCUCGUCAGAGACACCCCAGUCGAACGCACCGGAAAAGCAUUGAAAUCAGAAUCUGAAAUCAUGUCUGAAUUGCCAGCCGAUUCCACCCAAAAAGCCAUGGCUGUUGCCACCAUGUUGUACGAUAACGCCGCGAAGCUCGUCGAAAGCCACAGCUUGAAGGUCGAUAUGUCCGAAGGUCGCACCAUCGAUGACAACAUCUUCUCGCUCGCCUCAACCAAGAAAUACAAGAAAAUGUUGUCUCCUCUGAUGACCCUCAUCGGAGUCAAGCUCUUCGCUCUUGCCCCAGUCUUCCUUGGUGGACUUGCCCUCUUCGUCACCAAGGCCAUCUUCCUCAGCAAGGUCGCCAUCCUCAUCGCUGGAGUCCUCCUCUACCAGAAAUUCUUCGGUGCCGCUAGCCAUAUCGCCGGAGGAUUCCCAAAUGACUUCUUCGCCAAGAACAACUUAGCCCAACAACAAUACAACUACGAACCAGCUGCUGCCUACGCCCAAAAUCUGGCUUACUCUGCACAAGCACCCACUCAAUAA